ACGUUUGUCGCUCUGAAACCGAAGCUAACAUAUACGACCUAUCAAAAUCUUCCACGUAUCCAAAAAAUAUAAAAAAUUGAAAUUCCUACAACCGGGUAUCGGGAUAGCACUGGAUAUCCGUCGCCGCCUCCUGCCAGCGCUCUCUCAACACCACCACCAUCCGAUGGGGCUCCUGUCCACCUGGCUCUCUCGCCUCGCCUCCCCUCACUCCUCCAAGUCCUUCUUCCACAGAGCCCGGGAACUCUCCCAUCGCUUCAGAGGCCCUCGCUUCUCCGGAGCCCUGCCGUCCAGCGGCAAGGAGCGGCUCCUCUCCUGGUCCCGCUCCAUCGUCCCCUUCGCGAUUGUGGCCUCCGCCGGAGGAGCCCUCGCCCUCGAGCUCAGCUCCACCUCUUCCCUCGAUCACCGCAUUGAAGGGAAAGAACAGACUGGACUAUUAGUUCAAGGACCUCACAAGGAGCUUCCAGAGGAGUUCAUUAAAGAGCUAAAAGCUAUUUUACAAGAUAAUAUGACAUUGGAAUAUGAUGAGAGGCACUUCCAUGGGAAUCCACAGAACAGCUUCCAUAGAGCUGUGAAUAUUCCUGAUGUGAUUGUCUAUCCGAGGUGGCAUGAUGAUGUACAAAAGAUUGUUAUAUCAUGCAACAAAUACAAGGUUCCUAUUACGCCAUAUGGUGGAGCUACCUCAGUAGAGGGUCAAACUUUAGCUCCUCAGGGAGGUCUAUGCAUUGACAUGUCAUUGAUGAAAAAAAUUAAAUCAUUGCAUGUUGAGGACAUGGAUGUAGUUGUUGAGCCAGGUGUUGGGUGGAUUGAACUUAAUGAGUAUCUGAAGCCCUAUGGCCUUUUCUUUCCACUGGAUCCAGGGCCUGGUGCUACAAUUGGGGGCAUGUGUGCUACUCGUUGUUCUGGAUCCUUAGCUGUAAGGUAUGGGACUAUGCGGGAUAAUGUCAUUAAUCUUCAGGUUGUUCUAGGUAAUGGUGAUGUUAUCAAGACAGGUUCCCGUGCGCGAAAAAGUGCUGCUGGGUAUGAUUUGACUCGGUUGAUAAUUGGAAGUGAAGGCACCCUAGGUGUAAUAACAGAAGUGACUUUACGACUUCAAAAGCUUCCUCAACAUUCAAUGGUUGCAAUGUGCAAUAUUCAAACGAUUAAAGAUGCUGCUAAUGCUGCCAUUGCCACAAUGCAUUCUGGUAUACAGGUCUCGAGGGUGGAACUUCUAGAUGAGGUUCAAGUAAAGGCCAUCAAUAUGGCAAAUGGAAAAAACUUACCUGAACUUCCCACCUUGAUGUUUGAAUUUAUUGGCACAGAAGCAUAUUUACGAGAACAAGCUUUGUUGGUUCAGAAGAUAGUUUCUGAACACAAUGGAUCUGAUUUUGUAUUUGUGGAAGAUGCUGAUGCUAAAAAGGAGCUAUGGAGGGUUGUGUCGGUGCUUCAGACAAUAUUCAAAAAAAAUAGCUGGAUAAGGAAGGAGGCACUUUGGGCUUGCUUAGCAAUGGCACCUAAUUUUGAAGCAUUAACUACGGAUGUAUGUGUUCCUUUAUCAAGGCUUGCAGAGUGCAUUUCAAAAUCUAAACAAGAGCUCAAUGCAUCACCAUUGUUGUGCAUGGUUAUUGCUCAUGCUGGUGAUGGAAAUUUCCACGCAUGUAUUCUGUUUGAUCCAGACCAGGAGGAACAGCAGCAAGAAGCAGAGAGACUGAACCAUUUCAUAGUUCAUACUGCCCUAUCAAUGGAAGGAUGGAGCAGUCCAUGUUUUUUCAUGGAAUUGGAGCGUGGGUGUUGCAGCCUGGGGAUGGUAGAUGUCCAAUUCCAUCCCUUUCCAUUUCCUGACAUAUGCUGUCUUGACACUUGGGACAUUACACUGUUCCGACGCUCUAGAGGAACAUGUUCCGGAGAGCAUGGGUGUUGGUACUGGCAAAAUGAAGUACCUUGAAGAAGAGCUUGGUAUCGGAGCACUGAUAACCAUGAAAAGAAUAAAGGCUGCAUUAGAUCCCAACAAUAUUAUGAACCCAGGGAAGCUUAUUCCUCCUCAUGUCUGUUUUUAAUUACCCAUAUUUGUUCAGAGUGAUUUCAAGAAGAAAUACUUAAGUACUAUUUACAAAUACAGAUAAAGACUUUGGGUAAUUGGUGCCAUUAUCAGUUCUAGUCACAUGCAGCUGUGACAUCAUUCUGUAUUAUCUUUCCAUCCCUGGGUUUUCUAGAGAGCCAGAAUGCUCCUGUCUGUGAUAAAUUAAUUGGUUCCGGUCAGUUUCUGUCCAGAAUAUGGUUAACUGAGAUCAAUGAUAUUGGAGCAAAGAGUCUUCUGUAAGCUUUAGAACAAUUUGUUGUUUCUAAUUUAGUUUAUUUUCUUGUUAUUGUUU